AGGGGACUGUGCGCCCGCUUCCGGGCCUGGACGCCAUUUUCAGCGGUUGAGUUUUGGUAGUGCUGCUGGUGGUCUCGGACAAUGAGCUACGACUAUCAUCAGAGCUGGAGCCGCGACGGGGGCCCACGGGGCUCCGGCCAGGGCUCCGGCAGCAGCGGCGGAGGGAGCCGGGGCUCCGGCGGCGGCGGAGGAGGCCGCGGCGGCCGGGGCCGACAUCCCGGACACCUUAAGGGUCGCGAGAUCGGCCUGUGGUACGCCAAGAAGCAGACGCAGAAGAACAAGGAGGCUGAGAGGCAGGAGAGAGCUGUGGUGCACAUGGAUGAACGGCGAGAAGAGCAGAUUGUGCAGCUGCUAAAUUCAGUCCAAGCGAAGAGUGAUAAAGAUUCAGAAGCACAGAUAUCCUGGUUUGCUCCUGAGGAUCAUGGAUAUGGUACUGAAGUUUCUUCAGAGAAAAAAAUAAACUCAGAGAAGAAACUUGACAACCAGGAAAAGAAAUUGUUAAACCAAGAAAAAAAGACAUUUAGGACCACAGACAAAUCAUACAUUGACCGAGAUUCUGAAUAUUUAUUGCAAGAAAAUGAGCCAAACCUGGGCUUAGAUCAACAAUUAUUAGAAGAUUUACAAAAGAAAAAAACUGACCCUCGGUAUAUAGAGAUGCAGCGUUUCAGAAAAAAGCUGCCUUCAUAUGGAAUGCAAAAGGAGCUGGUUAAUUUAAUCAAUAAUCAUCAGGUGACAGUAAUAAGUGGUGAAACUGGUUGUGGCAAAACCACUCAGGUUACGCAGUUCAUCUUGGAUAACUACAUCGAAAGAGGAAAAGGGUCUGCCUGCAGAAUAGUUUGUACUCAACCAAGAAGAAUUAGUGCCAUUUCAGUUGCUGAGAGAGUGGCCGCAGAAAGGGCGGAGUCUUGUGGCAAUGGUAAUAGUACUGGAUACCAGAUUCGUCUCCAAAGUCGGUUGCCAAGGAAUCAAGGUUCUAUCUUAUACUGCACAACAGGAAUCAUUCUUCAGUGGCUCCAGUCAGACUCACGUUUGUCCAGUGUUAGUCAUAUUGUACUUGAUGAAAUUCAUGAAAGGAAUCUACAGUCAGAUGUUUUAAUGACUGUUAUUAAAGAUCUUCUCCCUUUUCGAUCUGAUCUCAAAGUAAUAUUGAUGAGUGCAACCUUGAAUGCUGAGAAAUUUUCAGAAUAUUUUGGUAACUGUCCAAUGAUACAUAUACCUGGGUUUACUUUUCCAGUUGUGGAAUAUCUUUUGGAAGAUAUCAUUGAAAAAAUAAGAUAUAUUCCAGAACAAAAAGAACAUAGAUCCCAGUUCAAGAGGGGUUUCAUGCAGGGUCAUGUAAAUAGACAAGAAAAAGAAGAAAAGGAGAACAUCUAUAAGGAACGCUGGCCAGCUUAUAUAAAGGAACUGCGGACAAGAUACUCUGCAAGCACCGUAGAUGUUUUGCAAAUGAUGGAUGAUGAUAAAGUUGAUCUGAAUUUGAUUGCUGCCCUUAUUCGAUACAUUGUUUUGGAAGAAGAGGAUGGUGCAAUAUUGGUCUUUCUACCAGGCUGGGACAAUAUCAGUACUUUGCAUGAUCUCUUGAUGUCACAAGUGAUGUUUAAAUCAGAUAAGUUUCUUAUUAUACCUUUACAUUCACUGAUGCCUACCGUAAACCAGACACAGGUAUUUAAAAAAACUCCUCCCGGUGUUCGGAAAAUAGUAAUUGCUACCAACAUUGCAGAGACUAGCAUCACCAUAGAUGAUGUGGUUUAUGUAAUAGAUGGAGGGAAAAUUAAAGAGACACACUUCGACACACAGAACAACAUCAGUACCAUGUCUGCUGAGUGGGUUAGUAAAGCUAAUGCCAAGCAGAGGAAAGGGAGAGCUGGAAGAGUUCAGCCUGGUCAUUGUUAUCAUCUGUAUAAUGGUCUUAGAGCAAGUCUUCUAGAUGACUACCAACUACCAGAAAUUUUGAGAACUCCUUUGGAAGAACUUUGUUUGCAAAUAAAGAUCUUGAGGCUGGGUGGAAUUGCUUAUUUUCUGAGUAGGUUAAUGGAUCCCCCAUCAAAUGAGGCAGUAGUGCUCUCCAUAAAACACCUAAUAGAACUGAGUGCUUUGGAUAAGCAAGAAGAGUUGACACCACUUGGCGUCCAUUUAGCCCGACUGCCUGUUGAGCCACAUAUUGGAAAAAUGAUUCUCUUUGGAGCUUUGUUCUGUUGCUUAGACCCAGUCCUCACCAUUGCUGCCAGUCUCAGCUUUAAAGAUCCCUUUGUCAUUCCAUUGGGAAAAGAAAAGAUUGCAGAUGCAAGAAGAAAGGAACUGGCAAGGGAAACUAGAAGUGAUCACCUGACAGUCGUGAAUGCAUUUGAGGGCUGGGAAGAAGCCAAACGGCGUGGUUUCCGAUAUGAAAAAGACUACUGCUGGGAAUAUUUUCUGUCCUCAAACACAUUACAGAUGCUGCAUAACAUGAAGGGACAGUUUGCUGAGCAUCUUCUUGGAGCUGGGUUUGUAAGCAGUAGAAGUCCCAAAGACCCAAAAGCCAAUAUAAAUUCAGAUAAUGAGAAGAUAAUUAAAGCUGUCAUCUGUGCCGGUUUAUAUCCCAAAGUUGCUAAAAUCCGACUAAAUUUGGGUAAAAAAAGGAAAAUGGUGAAAGUUCACACAAAAUCUGAUGGUCUGGUUUCUAUUCAUCCCAAGUCUGUCAAUGUGGAGCAGACAGACUUCCACUACAACUGGCUUAUCUAUCACCUGAAGAUGAGGACAAGCAGUAUAUACCUGUACGACUGUACGGAAGUUUCACCAUACUGCCUCUUGUUCUUUGGAGGAGAUAUUUCCAUCCAGAAAGACAAGGAUCAGGAAAUUAUUGCUGUAGAUGAAUGGAUUGUGUUUCAGUCUCCAGAAAGAAUUGCCCAUCUUGUUAAGGGACUAAGAAAGGAACUGGAUAGCCUCCUACAAGAGAAGAUCGAAUGCCCUCAUCCUGUGGACUGGAACGACACUAAGUCCAGAGACUGUGCAGUACUGUCAGCUAUUCUAGACUUGAUCAAAACACAAGAAAAGGCUACUCCAAGGAACCUGCCCCCACGAUCACAGGACGGAUAUUACAGCUGACAGCUUUCUGUGGUGGCCUAAACCUAUCCUGGUGUCCAUAAUUCCCAUUUUUCUUCUUCUUUUUUUUUUUUUUUUAGUUUUUGGCAAAAUGCCAAGCCCUGGGUUAUGACUUGCUUUUGUGUGUAAGUUAGAAACUUUCAUUGGGUAGUAAAGAGUUAAUGUGCAUGAUUAAACAGUGCCAUCUAGCUACUAUGAAGACAUUGGAAAAGCAGUAUGCUUUCUGACCUUAUCCUCUGUUGUAGAUAUGUCCACACUUUGGGAGAAUUCCCAAAGUUUUAACAUUGAGAAAUUCCUUUAUGCUAUUAUGCAAAAUUAAUUUUCUGUCCAUAAUGACUGUCUAGACAAUAAAAAUAGAAAGUUGGGCCAAAAAGCAGUAUGACAUAAGAAUUUGAAUACAACCACAUUUUUUAAAAAUGAACUUCUAUUAUAAGUAAAUUUGUUGUAAUAAAGCCCAAUAUUUAAUAAAAUGUACAAUGUAUAAAUCUCAGCUAGCUUCUUGGUUUGGUUUCUAGAGUUCUACCUAUCACUUGGCUCACUUGAUUGCUUUAUUUGUUUGCUUUUGUUUUUUAACUUUUUAAAAGGUUCUUAUGUUACCUACCAUCCUGCUCUGUGUAGCACAAUGUAGCAACUGAGCACGUGUCUGGAUGUGAUGCUGGAGGUCCUGUCUCAGCUCAGCCCCUUUUCCUAAUCUCAAAGACAGGUAAAGAUUGUGAGGACUACAUAUGGAAAUAUGUAGAGGGCCACAGACUAGUGUCUGAUACAUAUGGUCCUCACACAGUGCUUGUUUCUAUUUGUCCAUGAAAUGUUUUUUAGCCUUUAGUAAUCAAUUUCACCAUUUUAUUUUUUGUACUAAGACCUUGGAGAUGGUUGAGCCCAGGGCCUCACACACUAGACUGUUGCAUUCCUGAGCCCCAUCCUAGCCCUGCAAAGCACCAUUGUUAUGCCUCUGUACGCUCUUAGUGGGGUGUGACAAAACAAGGCUGCUUUCAGGCUUGUUAAAGCUAGUGUUUUUUCUUACUGCUGCUUUCGGCUUGUUAAAGCUAGUGUUUUUUCUUACUUUUGGACUCCCUUCUUGUUUUCCUGUUGUAGUCCCUACCUCUAGCUUGAAGAUGUUGCUUUUGUCCUAUCCAAGAGCCAGUGAUUGUUCUGAGAUGAUCAGGUUUGGUCUUAUUUCCCUAGUAAGUUGUGAGAUGACCAGGACAUAUGCAUAGUACUGCCAUGGAUUUGCUGCUGAUGCUAGUUCAGGUACUGCUACCAUGUCUGAGUAUAUGUCACCUGGCAUUGUAUACAGAGAUUUGAAUGUACUGUGUCCUUAGUUUAUUCUUUUGGAUUGUCUCACCAAGAUUGUUGCUCCCUGGUCAUAGUGGUGUUGUCACGGUUUUAUAGCGUAUUAGUUUUGCCCCUAAAGUCAAGGUAUGUUUGCAAGCAAGUAUUUAGACUCCACAGCAAAUGCAAACUUGUUGUCAGAAUUGUUUUUACAGAUAAGCAGUACACAAAAAUAAGUGGUGCCCUGGCAGCGUCUGCAGCUGUCUCUGACAGAGCUAAGCAGGAUAGAGGGUGGAUUGCCGGUGCUCUGAAGGUUCAGCUUCUUGUUCAUAGAUUACGACUGCCCCAGAAUGACUUGUUCUGUAGUGCUCUUAGAAGAGGUCAUUAAGAAGGAAAAGCUGUCUUACGUCACUCUGUACAGCAAGAACAAACUGGAAAAAAACACUGUAACAGAAACUUAUGAGUAAAAAUGAAAUAUACUUCUGCAUAAUGUUUUUAGAGCAUUAAGUACAUGAAUAUGGUACCUUCCUAUUAAUUGACCUGGAAAAAACUGUAAUAAUUUUAAGUCAAUUAAUUGCAAAGUGUAUUUUGCUGCAUUUGUAAAACAAAGUAUAUUUUUAAAUUAUUUCAGUAUCUGCACCAAGACUAAGUAAAUGAUGGCAUAUUUCCUCCCAUUUUCAACACUGAUGUUAUAUUUAUUCUUAAGUAACUGUAAUUAUGUUUUUUAUCUAUAUAUUUGUAAUAUAUCCUAUAUGUUAAACAGCAUUUUUAUUCUGAUUUUUUAAAAAACAUCUUCAUUGAAGAAUAUUCAAAAAUGUAUCCAGGAAGGUAAAUCAUGUUACCAUUGUUAGUUUUUUAUAUUCUUCCAUACCAGUUUUAAAGCUUUAAGGUAUUGUGUAUAAUUAACCAAUUUAAGAGUAUAAUUUCACUGUAUUUUGUCUACUAUAUGAAAUUGUGUAGCUAGCACCACAGUCUUGAUGUAGAACAUUCCCAUCAACCUAAGAUGUUCUUUUGUUGCUUUUACAGGUAACAUGCCCUUCCCUGCUUCUACCCUCUGGUGCCCAGGGAGCAGAUUUUCGUCAAUAGUUUUGCCUUUUCUAGUUUUUCUGGAAAUGGAUUCGUACAGUCCAUGUGUCCAACCUCUUUCACUUAAUAUAAGCAUCGAGAUAACUCAUGCUUACUGUACAUAUUAGUAAUUUUUAUUGUUUAGUAUUUUAUGGUUAUAUUAUUGUAUCCAUUUCCCCCUUGGUGGGCUUUCAUGUAUCUUCAGCGUUUUUGCUGUUAAUGAAUAAAGCUGCUCUAAAUGUG